AGAAUCGCUGUAUAACCAUCAGUCGACUUGAAUAAUGCCAAUAAUCACUCCAAGAAAUUUGAGAAAAAGAAAAUUUGAACAACUUCGUCCAUAUACUGCCGAGAGGAUACAUGCUAAAAGUCAAGGUAUACCAGUUGAAGUAGAUAAAGAAGUCCUUCGUAAAGAGAACAAUACAUUAGAAACUUACGGUGGCUACGUCGAAGACGAAACAGAUUUGUUAUUUGUCGAGGAUGACAUAGAGGAGCCACAGGAAUUUCGGCGACGGAAUGACGUAGAGGAGCCACAGGAAUUUCGGCGACGGCGUUCUGAACAAGAAUCAUAUCGAAAUGUCGAAAUUACUCCAGCAUUACCAAAUAAACCAAAUUUAUUAAGAAAUGUUAUUUAUCAAAAUAUCGAUCCAUUCAUAACAACAUUGAGGAAACAAAACGCUCCGCAACAUCAGUAUGUUCCUUAUUCUGAUGAUGUUUAUCAAGAAGGGAGUGAAAGUGACAACGAUGAUAAUAUAACAGUAAUAAGCAUUGAAGGUGACUUAAGCAACGAGACAGAAUUUAGUAGUAAUCAUCAUGUUUCUGAUUCAAGCGAAGAAAGUAUUACAAGCGAUGAAUGCGAAGUAUAUGGUGAUACUUUUUCCAUUUUAAGCGAUGAAAGUAUUGAAAGUAAUAGUCGGGAUGAAUACGAUCUAAUUAGUAGCGAUUGUGAAACAACUGUAAACAACAUAUCAAGCAAUGUUAUUUCUCAGCGUGCAUCGAUAUCAUCGAGGUCAUUACAAUCAUCACAAUUGAGACCGCCCAGACAAAAUUUAAUAUCAAAAAAACUAAAAAGUUUGUUACAAUGGGCAGAUACUACCCCGGUGAUUUCUCCGAAUGAUAAAAACUUCCCAAUUGAAAAAUAUUUAGAACUUUUUGAAGAAUUACAUAAAAAUAUUUACGUAGGAAAUCCUUGGCCAGAACAAGCAAGAUCUUUAAUAAGAGAUUUGAUGAUGUAUUGGGCGGGUUGGCGACCUAAUAAUAAUGGAAUAAAUAAUUGUUACAAAAUUUUAGUGAAAUUAAUUGAAGUUGUACCCGUUAAUGCGCACGAUGUUCCUGAUAUCACCACGCUGACUCAAAGAUAUCUAGAUUUGACAUUACAACUACUUGGACGUAUAAUAGACGAUACACCGAUAGAACAUAUAAAGGAAUUUAUUUCAAAGUUCAAUAAGCAUACUAGAGUUUUAAUAAAUAAUUUGCGUUGUAAAGGAGUUCAAGAUAAAGCCAAUGAGAAUAUAACGGUGGCAAUUUGUUCAGUAAUCGCUUUAGUCAACAAGAAGCCAAUGAGCGAGUAUAUUUUUAACAGGUUCGCUUAUAUUUCGAAAAGAAAUCAAGAAUGGAUAAUAAAAUCUUUGAUGUUAUUAAAUCAAACAUUAAAGAUGUUAACGAGUUAUGGAACUAGUUCAAAACAAACUCUGUUGGAUUUAUUCGAAUUGCUCAAACGAAAAUUUCGUGAUGAAAAAAUGGAUCCUGAAGUUAAAAUAAAAGCAAAGGAAUGUUUAGAGACUGUAAAGGCAAUUUGAUUAAAUUAAAUUUUAUAAUAUCUCGUAAGAGAUGA